AUGGCUGUUCCAGGACGUGAAGUCGAUCUGCCCACGCUUGCCCGCCACCUCGUUGAACACGGGCCAGUAAAGACGCUUCGUACAGAACGACGCGUGAGAAUCCUCAUCAACGGCGCUUGCGUAGCGGACACUCUCGGUACAACAGGCGCGUUGUUCGUGUGGGAGCACGAAUACUACCCACAGCUCUACUUUCCUCGAAGCGCUUUGGUCAAAAAUGUACAAGGCUACGACAUCGUCUAUGAGGAUCAUCAAGACGUCAAGGGUGAUCAUAAUCAGAUCAUCGCGAACACACUCAAAGUCAAGGUGACACGUAAAGCUGACAACAACAUGAAGGAGGUCAAAGAUGGGUUUAUCGUGUUCAGCGACGGUCUUGCUGGCAAAGCAUCUGAGCUCAGUGGCAUGCUCAAAGUGCAAUUCAGCGCUGCAGAUCAAUGGCUCGAAGAGGAUACUCCCAUGUUCGUGCAUCCCAAGGACCCCUUCAAGCGCAUCGACGUUCUGCAGUCCACACGAGGAGUGAAGGUAGCUGUGAAUGGCAAGACCGUCGCAGAAACCAGUACCUGCAUGCAGCUUUACGAAGGGGGACUUCCGAUCCGAUACUACAUGCCUCUCACAGCUAUCGACAAUUCAAUAUUGCGGCCCAGUGAGACAAGGACCCAAUGUCCAUACAAAGGGGAAGCCGAGUAUUAUGAUGUCGUCGUAGGCGACAAAACUUACAAGGACAUCGUGUGGUACUACACUCGACCAAUCACAGAAUGUGCUGCAAUCGCCGGUCUGUAUUGUUUCUACAAUGAGAAAGUGGACAUGUGGAUUCAGAAUGGAGAUGAUUGGGAGAAGCUUGGCCAGGAAAAGUCCAUCUUCAGUUGA